AACAUCUGGCAUAGUGUAGACGAAAUCUAGGAAGACAGGUCUCCAGCCUUCCAAAAUUUUCUGAACGGAAAACAACAUGGCUGCAUGUCAGGACCUCAUUAAAUCCGAAUUUCCUAAAAUUGAUGAUGAUUUAUAUCAGUAUGUUGAAGGAAUUUUAGAAAAUGGAGUUGAAGAUUUCGAAGACAGCGCAGAGGUCUAUGAUGCAAUUGGCGAAGUUUUACACGAGGUUGCUGAUGAAAAAUCGGAAAAAGAAAUACGUGACAUCUGCAACAAACUGCUGAGGAUCCUGCGACCAGAUAAGGGUGGUGGGGGCGGUAGAGGUGGAGGAGGGGGUGGUGGUGCGUUGAAUGACAUCACAGGCGGCGCUCACAAAGUGCUCAACGCCCCAGUGCACCUGGCCAGCAUGGCUGCCAACCUCGAGAACAACGUCACCGACAUCAAGAGCAUCUGGGUCAUGCAGCGUGAUGACUCGCUGAAAGUGGACCAGAAGAAGCUGGAAAAAGCGGAGGCGAAACUGCAGGCAAAACAGGAACGCAGAGCCGAACAGCUGGUGACCAACCGAUCGUCGUCGGCUGUGACGUCAUCGAACAGUGGCGGUGGCGGGCAGCAGGUGGGGGCAGGUGGCGGGGGCCAGUUGAUGCCGGCACUACAGGCGGCCACCGCAUCGCAGGCGACCAGCAAGAAGGAGGCCAAGAUGGAGGCGAAAGGCUGCAAUCGCACACAGGACAUUCGCAUUGAGAAUUUCGAUGUCGCCUACGGUGAGAGGGUGCUUCUACAGGCUGCCGAUAUAGUGUUGGCCUAUGGUAGGAGGUAUGGACUGGUGGGACGCAAUGGAAUCGGCAAGACAACCCUAUUGAGAAUGAUUUCCAGUGGCCAGCUGAGGAUACCGUCGCAUAUCUCCAUCCUGCACGUGGAACAGGAGGUGGUGGGGGAUGACACACCCGCCCUGGAGAGUGUGCUGGAGUGUGACAUUGUCAGACAUACACUUCUCAAACGGGAACAGGAGAUCAACGCCCUCAUCAACAACAAGUCAGUACCGUAUCUCACAAUUCAUACAUUUACAACAUUUUUUUAUGCACUUUCAAUUUGCAGACCUGACCUACUACUACUGGACGAGCCGACCAACAUGUUGGAUAUGAAGGCGAUCAUCUGGCUGGAAACCUAUUUGCAGAAUUGGCCGACCACGUUGCUCGUGGUGUCGCACGACCGACACUUCCUCGACACUGUGCCCACCGACAUACUACAUCUACACACACAGAGGAUAGACUCGUAUAGGGGCAACUACGACAACUUUGCGAAGACAAAGCAAGAGAAGCUGAAGAACCAGCAGAGGGAGUGGGAGGCACAACAGCAGCACAGGGCGCAUGUGCAGGAGUUCAUCGACCGGUUCCGGUACAAUGCUAACCGAGCUUCCUCUGUGCAGAGCAAGAUUAAGAUGUUGGAACGAUUACCGGAACUGAAAAACGUAGAGAAGGAAGUGGAGGUGGUACUGAAGUUUCCCGAAACCGAACCCCUGUCUCCGCCCAUCCUGCAGCUGAACGAGGUCUGCUUCAGCUAUGUCAAGGGCAAGCCAAUUCUCACCAAUGUCAACCUGGGCGCCACACUCGAGUCCAGGAUAUGUAUUGUGGGUGACAAUGGAGCAGGUAAAACAACCCUUCUGAAACUAAUAAUGGGUCUGCUAAGCCCUAGCUCGGGUGACCAACACACGCAUCGAGCCAUUAAGUUCGGUUACUUCAGUCAGCAUCAUGUCGACCAACUGGCUAUGGGUGUAAGCAGUGUAGAGUUGCUACAGCAGAGCUAUCCAGGCAAACCGGUUGAAGAAUACCGGCGCCAGUUGGGCUCGUUCGGGGUGAGCGGUGACCUGGCUCUGCAGACGGUCGGCAGUCUGUCCGGGGGCCAGAAGUCACGUGUGGCAUUCGCCCGUAUGUGUAUGGCGUCCCCCAACUUCCUAGUGCUUGACGAGCCUACCAACCAUUUGGAUAUUGAGACCAUAGAGGCACUGGGAAAGGCUAUUAACAAGUAUAAUGGAGGUGUAAUCCUGGUCUCCCACGACGAGCGACUGAUCAGGAUGGUCUGCAAGGAGCUGUGGGUGUGUGGAGGGGGCACAGUGACCUCCAUAGAGGGCGGCUUCGACGAGUAUCGACGCAUCGUGGAGAGGGAGUUGGCCGAGACCAACAAGUGAUAGCAACACAGGUAUCCAUACUACAACAGACUCAAACUGGCAGCGAGUGUGCGUGCGUGCGAUACAUGCUGGCCUCUCAUUGGCUGGACUAGUUUGGCUAGCUGUGCUCUAAUUGGUCGGACUAGUUUGGCAAUGUGUGCUGUGAUUGGCUGGCGAGCAAGCACUAGUGCGCAUGUGCAGAACAUCUCAUUGAAUAAACCAAUUCAGUGUACGUGUCUUCGAAAUAAUUAUUUAUUAAUGAUAUUUUUGGUAAUAUUAAUAAUAAUAAUGGGCGGGCCCAGACCUGAGCCAACCAGGUCACUCGAUAUUAUUAUUAUUAUCUAUGUGAAUCUGACUAUGGUUACACUGUUGUUGCAAUAAAAUUGUCCCGAUUUUUUUUUUUUAGAUAAUUUUGAAACUGCAAUUUGAAUAAACCUUAUUGAAGCAAUACUUAGGAAUCUCAGUUUUAGUAAAUUUAAGUGAAUUUUCGUAAAUUUGU